GCGCCGCGGAGCCACCCCGCCGCGGGAUUCCGGUGUCCGCCCGGCUGGCGGGCGCGGGCCUGCUGAUCGCCGCGCUGGGCGCGCUCGGCCGCUCCCCGCGGGCCCCAGGUCCGAGCAUGGCAGAAGGGGACACCUUGGUAUCAGUGGAUUACGAAAUUUUUGGGAAGGUGCAAGGGGUGUUUUUCCGCAAGUACACGCAGGCUGAAGGUAAAAAGCUAGGAUUGGUAGGCUGGGUACAAAACACUGACCGCGGCACAGUGCAAGGACAACUGCAAGGGCCCAUCUCCAAGGUGCGCCAUAUGCAGGAAUGGCUUAAGACAAGAGGAAGCCCCAAAUCGCAUAUUGACAGUGCAAACUUCAACAAUGAGAAAGUCAUCUUAAGGUUGGAUUACUCGGAUUUCCAAAUUGUGAAAUAAUGGCCUGCAUUUUAAUUUUCUAAGAUAAACUUAGAAGGCUGGACAGAACUAUCCUGUGUUCAAUAUUUUUCAGUAAGUUAUUUUAGUGUAAGAUAUUUUGCUGUUUAAUAUGUUAUACAUAUGAUAGAAGGAUUGCAACUGUACAGUUCUCAAUAAAAUCACCUAAGACUCUUUUCUUUUACA